GUGGAAGCCAGCGUGGUGUUAGCUGACCCUGCUCUGCUUGAUAAAAUUGACAAAUUAUUCGCUUGCAAUGUGGGAGAACACAUCAAUUUAUCACAACUAGUCGCUGUCGGAGACCAAUCCAGCGGGAAAAGCUCCGUACUGGAGGGCCUGACGAAAUUGAAGUUUCCCCGAAAUAGUGGUUUGUGUACUCGGUUUGCGACGCAAAUCAUUUUCCGGAGGGAUCCAAGCUUAAAAAGGCGGAGAAUCUAUGGCUCCAUCAUUUCAACAGGACACGACGAUGGAAACGAAAGUGAUAGUUGGAAUAGGUCCGGCAUUGAGUCCUUAAAUGAGGAAGAAUUCGAGACUAUGAUGGAUGAAGUUCACGAAGCGAUGGGCCUCUCAAGGUCAAUGGGAGACGACCUGCCCACAUUUUCUCUCGAUGUCCUGCGGCUGGAGAUAACUGGACCUCAUGAAAACCAUCUUAGUGUCAUUGAUGUUCCUGGAAUUUUCAAAACCAUAACACCUGGCUUGACUUCAAAGUCAGACAUCGCCCUUGUGAGGGGAAUGGUGCUCAACUACAUGCGAAAUCCUCGGUCAAUAAUGCUUGCCGUUGUUCCAGCCAAUGUGGAUAUUGCAACACAAGAGAUAAUCGAACUCGCCAGGGAGCAAGACCCGGAUAGAACCAGAACCUUACGCAUCCUCACCAAACCAGACCUUGUCGACAAAGGUGCAGAAGAUAGGACUAUUGAACUUGUGGAGGGGAAGCAGGAAUCCCAAGAAUUAGGCUGGGUGGUAGUUCGAAACCUUGGCCAGAAGGACCUCCAGAACUCUUCAAAAGACCGUGAUGUUGAAGAAGCGACCUUCAGCAAUUCACCCCCUUGGAACCGCCUCUCAAAAGAUAACUACGGCAUCGAUGCAUUGAGGACGAGGUUGCAAGCACUUUUGUCUUCCAACGUGCGGCGAGAGUUUCCAUCGGUGCGUUCCAAAGUGUCUAAACGUCUUAAGGAAUGCAAAAGGGAUCUUGAAAGCCUCGGGGAAGAACGUGAGUCCACAGAGCAACAAAGAAAAUAUCUGCUCGACAUUGCUUCAAAGUUUCAGCGCAUCACUGAAAUGCUCUUCAAACAAACUACGGGCUCCCAAGAUGCUUUUGACGAAGAGCCUGGCUUACGAUUGGCAACUUUGGUUGCUAAUCGGAACGCUCAGUUUUCCGAUGACAUCUCUAGUCGAGGCCAUUUAUACUGCUUCAUGUCGCAUGGCCAUGACGACGACUCUGAAAAUCAACCGAACAUCACAGCCACCUCCCCACCGAGCUCUGUGGGAGCAUGUAUCGGCACGGAUAACGAAGAGGCAAAAGCAGAACGAGAAGAGCGUGAGUCUGUCACCAGCAGAAAGAUGGAUAGUUGCAGCGAUAUUGAAGACAUUCUACAUGAUCGUAUUCAAAUCCAAAAUUUCCUGAUAGAAGGAAUUCUUCCUUGGAUCGAAACUGUCUAUCAGGGUUCUCGUGGGUUUGAAUUGGGAACGUUUAAUUCGUCCAUCCUUCCAAGCGUACUGAAGAAGCAAUCUAAAAGGUAG